AUGAUGGUACAUUUCCUGAACAUGUUCUAGUGAUAAAUAUGGGAAUUUGUACCAAAAUUAUGUAAAAUGUUGUUGCUAAUCUUGUUAAAGACUUGGAUUAAUAAUAUAUGACAUAGUAGCUGUAUAAGAAACCCAUUCAUUUGUUAUUUCUCAUGUUUCCUGACUGAUUAUCACAGAAAACCAAAGGCAGAACUCCUUCACAGAUUUUUUUCCCCCUCAAUUUAAGAUUAAAAUUAAUCUUUUAAACAAAUCUGUAGGUGCUUUUUGGCAGCAAUCUCACUCUAUGUGACAAAGUGGAUACACAGAACUGGGUUCUGAGGUUCAUUUAGAUCAAGGGCAAAAGGUUUGACACACUCGCACCAAAACAGGUAGCAGACUUGUCAGUGAAGGUUAAUGAGAACUUUUCUGAGUCCCUUGGGGAAAUUCUUGACUUGUUUCCCAAAAUCAAUUAUUUAUUCCCCACAAUAAGAUGAAGUUCAGUGGCAAGUUCCAGCACAUAUUCCUAUCUCUGAAAGUCAGAGCAAAACAAAAUCUGCUCCUUCAUGUGGUUACCAGGGUUACUCUGCAGUCUGGAAAAGCAUAAAAAAUAUGGGAUUUAUUUUCAGUAUUUUUUCAUCCCUUAUAAUCAGAAUAAAAUAAAAUAAGAGCACAAAAAAAUUGUUUUGUAGACUUUUAUCCGUGUUUUAUUGUCUAAAAUGUGUUAUUUUCCCAUUCUGUCCUUUUCCCUUUCCUUCUCAUCCCCCUCUCUUUCUUGUAGACAUAUUUUAUCCACUUGUCUUUUCUUCCAUUUUGUUUCUGUUUUUUAAUCUCUUAGCUCCUGUUGUUGCCCUCAGAUGCAAAACUGUUUUCUUUCUCGGUGCAGAAAGCGUCACCAUAACUCCAAAAGAUUCCCGCUGGGUGGGUGCCUGGUGGCUGGGCUUCCUGGUAUCCUCUUCCCUGCUACUGGUCUCCAGUAUCCCUUUCUGGUUCCUGCCGCGCUCGCUUCCCAAACAAGGGCAUGAAACAGACAAACCCACUCCUCCCUCCCUGAUCCUCGAUGGGGCAGAGAGUCCCUCAAGCUGACCAAAAUUGCAAAAGGUUGCAUUUUAACAGCUGCAUCACACCAGACCUCAAAUCCCUCGCUUUGGGUAUUCAGACUUUGGUAACCAGGACUCUUGGUGAAAUUCCAGCGCCUGUGUAUUUUGGAGCUCUGAUAGACUCUACUUGCCUGAAGUGGUCUAUCAAGAAGUGCGGAGGAAGAGGGGCGUGUCGCAUUUACGACUCAAAUAGAAUCGUUUUCUUUGGUCUGAUUACUUGCCUCAGCGGCACUUCCUAUUUCUUCAUGAUUGCCGUCAUCGUCCUCCUGAAGCGACAGUUUUGGAAAGCAGACCGGGAGACAGAGCUGCAACAACCCAGAGCGGCAAAGGAAAGUGGAAUUAUGGUUCAGCUGGACAUUCAGGAGAAGAGCAGUGCUGAGAACACAAGUCCCAAACCGUCUUCUGACAAAACAGACUCUACUGGAGUUGAGAAAGAUUUGGAAGGAUGAAGGGAAAUAGUCAGAACAGAGCGACUCAUUGCAAAUAAUAGUCUAUUUUUCAUAAAUAUAUAUGAUGGGAACCUGACAGAGACUUCAGGUGAGUUGUUUUUCUUUCUCAUAGAUGGUCAGAGAAUGUUAUCAACAAAACCUCUGGUUUAAAAAAGAUCAUUAUUUCCUAAGUCGUUCAAUAAAGCAGGCAGUUCAAGUUAGUCUUCUCUUGCUAGGUCUGUUUACCUCCAUAUUGGUUAUCAUGUAACAGUUCAUUUUACUACUACAGACAGGUUGAGCAGCAAUUUAAUAUACUGACCUUUUGGUACAUAUGACAAUGCUACAUCUCUGCCAUGUUGAAAGCAAAAAUGAUUGUUUAAUCAAACCUCUUGUUCAAAAAUGCUAUUUUUGGCAAUAAAUAAAUCCUUCAGUAAGA